AUGUCUCACCGACUCCUAGAAGAAUCGUCGGCUGAACAGACUCAAAACACGAAUGCUGCCGAAGACGAAUUUUGCUUGAUUCGUUGUUCGGAUAAAAAUGAUUUUAUUAUUGUACCUCAACGGUGUAUUACAGCUCCAUCAAAUAAGAUUGAAACGUAUGAAACUUAUCGAAUCGAGGUCAAUGGAAAUGAAUGCGAAGGAACUGUUAUCUUGAAAGGAACAAAACGAGAUUGUGAGAGACUUCACUACAAUAUUACAUCAAAAUCAUCGAAUGAUGCACCAGCAGUGGGAGUUGAUAGAACACCAGAAACUAAUACAGAACAAUUUGCUGCUGCUUCUUCAUCUGCAUCUCAUAUUCCCACUAAUAUGAACGAAGAGUCUAAUAAUGAUAAUGAUGACGAUGAUGAAGAUACAAGUCAAAACAACAUACUCAUGAGAAUGGUACAGCUAUUACUUGCAAGUAGUGUUCAGAGUAAUGAUAAUGAGGAUGGAGAAAUACAUAAGGUGCGAUGUGGAGCAUGUGGGACCUAUCCUAUCAAGAGAGAUCGUUACAAAUGCUUAAAUUGUGAAGGCUUAGAUAUGUGUGGUCGUUGCUUUGCACGUCGAAAAGAAUUUAGGCAUCAUAAGAGUGGUCAUGCAUUUGCUCAUUUUAAAUCGCCCGGCGAAUUAUUUGGCCGGAUAUUCAAAGACAACGAAGUGACAUUUUCUAAUCUCAAAACAUUAUAUGUUGAUGAGAAUCAUGAAUCUAUUACUUGUGAUGGAUGCAACCGUGAACCCAUCAAAGGCUUAAGAUUUAAAUGUGAUACUUGUUCAAAUUAUGACUUAUGUCAACAAUGUGUGGAUAGAAAUGUUACUACAAAAGCACACAAAUUGACACAUUCGCUUAUCGUCCUAUCGCGUCGUGUGGUCCAGCAGAUUCCAGCGGAAGAUAUUCAAAUCGAUAACCAGCUCGGAAGUGGAGCAUUCGGUUCUGUAUUCAAGGCUCGAUGGCUUUCAAAGAAGCAUCGUGUUACAUGUAAAGCGAUUACUUUACUUAAGACAGAUGACACAGACGUGCUUGAAAAAAGUUUUCUUAAAGAUCUAGCUGCCUAUGCCGAACUUUCAGGCACAUAUAUCUUGAAAACAUACGGAUAUGCAACAUUAAUACAAGGUGAAAACAUAAAAUAUAUGGUGAUUAUGGAAUACAUGUCUCGUGGAAGUCUUUCUAAGGUUAUUAAAGAAAAUGGAAGUCAACUGUCUCUUCGUCGUAGACUUGAUAUGGCAAGAAAUAUUGCUAGUGGAAUGCGAAAGAUUCAUGAACACCGACUGGUUCAUCGAGAUAUUCAACCAGAUAAUAUUCUCGUGAAUGAAAAUGAUGUAGCCAAAAUUGGUGAUAUGGGUAUUGUGCGAUUCUUCAAUCCACUUAAUCAACAGACACAAAUUAGCUGUCAAUCAUAUAUGCCACCUGAAUAUUAUCAUGGUCGUUGA